UUUUGGCGUGGUGGGUAAUUGGCUGUGCAAGUCUGGUUUGCCCUGACUUGUAAGCCUCCCUGACAGAGGCUUCCCAGGCUUGCUCAAGUCAGUGGGUUCCACGGCCUCCAUUGCUGAGCUGGUUCUGCUCUUUCUCAGCAUUGGGCACUGGAAGCCCCAAUCCAAAUCUGGCCUUUUGGGGAUGCUGCCUCAUGCCUGGCCUUCUCAACUGGCACCCCACAAAGAGGUAAAGCAGCAGACACCUUUCUCAUUCCUGUUCCCUCUGUGAUGAGAACAGAGCAAUGUAUCAAAGACUUUAGACAAUUUGAAGGAGGGGAAACACAAUUUGCGUGUCCGACCUGCUGAUAUACCAGUAGCUGAAAGAGCAUCUAUGAAUUACUGGAGAACACGAAAAUGUAUCAGCAAGCCAUCUGAAUUUCCUCUUAAAAGUCCAGCAUUUACUGGAUUACACGAGAAAGCUCCCCUAGGAUUAAUGGACACUCCAUUGCUAGAUACUGAAGAGGAAGUGCAUUACUGCUUUCUUCCCCUAGACCUGAUUGAAAAAUAUCCUUCCUUGGUCAAUGAUGAUAACUUGCUGUGGCUAUCUGACAAUGCUGUGCUGAUAGAAUGUGAAGGGAGUGAAUUCCGCUUCAUAGAGAAGAUUCUUCUGCCUGACAACUUCUCCAACAUGGAUGUUCUUGAAGCUGAAGCUGAGGCGCUGGGAAUCCCUGAAGUCACUGAAGCAGUAAAGAUAUAUAGGAGUAACCCUGGAGUCUACUCAGGAGAGACAUCUGAUCUUCAAAGCUCUGUAAAAGGCACAAUGGAAAAGCAGCAGGGGGUUCAGGAAGCAGCAGCCUGUCUCCCUUUAUACUCAAUGGCACUCGGCCUCUUAGUCAAAUACCCUGAUUCAGCUCUAGGGCAGCUCCACAUGGAGAGUACCUUGGAUGGGAACAAGCUGUAUAUAUCAGGGAAUGGAGUUCUCUUUCAGCACAUUAUGAAUUGGUUAGGAACUUGUAAACUUCCACUUAUACGGAGUAUGUCUGAGCUUCCUGAACUCUGUGCCUAUUUGGAUCAAAUGGACAUCAUAUAUGAGCCAAUGAAGGAUGCUUUAAAAAUAUAUCUAAAACAAAAGGCACCCAAAGAUACCAUGGCUAAGGUUGCAGACUGGGCAGCAGAAAUAGCAGCCUUUUCACUCCACCAUAUUGUCAAAGUAUAUGUAGGAAGUCACUGGUAUGCAACUUACUUACAAACAUUAUUAAAGUUUCCAGAGUUGCUGUCAAAUUGCAAAAAGGUUUACUGGAUUGCUUACGGUCAGAGUCUCCUCAUCCAUGGAGAUGGACAAAUGUUUCGACACAUCCUCAAUUUCCUUAGGCUUGGCAAGUUGUUCUUACCGUCUGAAUUUAAAGAAUGGUCUCUUCUAUGCCAGGAAGUGGUGGAAUAUCAGAUCCCUUCUCUCGUGGAAGCCCUUUAUCAAUAUGACAUGUACAGAUUAUGGGUGCAACAACAGGAAGCUCAAAGUGAAGCUUUUCCAUGUAGAAAUCUUGAGAUUGCAGUAUCAGAGAAGGGCUGUGAAUCCAGUGACGACCCUCGAGAUAAGUCGCAUAUUGCCAUGGAUUUACAGCAACAGGUCAGUAACUGGAGUGCAAUUAGAGAUGCACAAGGCAUGGAAGAGAGUGACACUGAGAUUGAAAAGUGCAGCCGUAUUUCACCAACCAAGGCAGGAAAACGAAGAAAUAACUGGGAAGGAUAUAGUCAGUCCACAGAUGAGUGGGAUAACUCCUGCUCUCACAGACAGCCAAGAAGCCCACCAAGGAAAAGAGCAAAAGGCACUUUGACAACCCCCCCCGAAAACCGAGAUACUCCAAUCCAGAAGCUAAUCUCCCUGGUGCAGGGAUGGGAUAUGGUGAACAGCAGACGCUGUGAAGCCCAGCAAGUGCCAGUCAAAGCAGAGGAAGAGCCCGAAAGGAGGGCACCAUGCCUUUUGUCACCAGUCAGAUGCCUUGGGGUCACCAGUCCUGAACCCUGUAGAAACAGCCGUGUGAUCCAAGCUACACCAAGAGUUCAGGGAAGCCUGCCAAAAGGUAGCCAGUGCAUGAUGGGCACUCCAGCUCCUGAGGGUUGGAUUGUCAAAAUUGGUGGACCCAACAUUUUGGAGGAGAAGCGUGCAGUUAAGGAACUGAGUGGCCAGAAAGAGAGAGUGCAAGGGACAACAUGCCUUGAACAAGCCGGUGCAGCCCUGGAUGAGCCCCAUGGCAACGCGGGCUUGAUUCUGAAAGUUGAGCAUCCUCCGAUUGUGGCUUGUGAUGGUUCUUGCAUUUCUCAUGAAGGCAGCAUCCUCUACAGCACACAUCUGGACGACACUAAACUUGCACAAGUGGCUGAAGGUGUUGUCUUCCUGAGCUUUCCACUGUCACAAGAGGAGAUCUUCUAUGCUCGCAAGUGCCACUGCUUUCUCACUGAUAUCAUCUUGGAUUCCAUAAGACAGAAGGACCCCAAGGAAACAACUGCCAAAGUUGAGUUUCUUGUGCAGAGGCUGUGGAACCUGAAGAUCACAGCAAAGGAGUUUGUGGCCGACUUGCUGAAGGUGACGCCUUUUAAAGCUGAUGGUCUUGCUUGCGAGAAGUUAUUGAAAUGGGUUGAAUUUACCCUGCCAUUUGCCUGGAAGUACAGUUGCUGUGUUGACCUGCUGAUAAAAAAAGGAUACUUUAAAUCACUCUCUCAUUUUGUCAUAGGGAAAUAUUUACAGAUGCCUUAA